AUGGCUGAUAUUGUAAACAAAUUUCAAGGAGCAGAACGCUUCACUAAACUGGACCUCAAAGAAGCAUACCACCGGUUUGUCCUCGGCGAACAGUCGCGUAACAUCACCACUUUUUAUGGCCCUGAUGGCCUCAACCGCUACAAAAGGCUCAAUUAUGGAACCAAAUCUGCCCAAGAUAUCCUCCAGUUGGAGAUGCACAAGAUGCUGUCCGGUAUCCCAAGCCAGGUGAAUAUAGCGGCGGAUGAUAUCUUGAUUGGCGGGUCAGUCGAAGAGCAUGAUGCAGCCCUGCAAAAAGUGCUGUCAGCCUUAACGAGUAAUGGUAUCACCGUGAAUCCUGAUAAGUGUGUCUUUGAUGUAGAGGAGGUGCGAUUCGUCGGGCUGGUGUUCAACAAGCAGGGCAUAAAACUCGACCCAAAGAAUGUAAAGGAUCUACAAGAUGCAAGUCAACCCACAAAUAAAGUGGAGCAGCUGCGCUCCUUCCUCGGGAUGGCAGGGUGUAAUGAACGUUUCAUUCCAAACUUCGCGAGUAUUGUCCACCCUCUGCGGCAACAGCUGAAGGAGAACAUCUGGGCGUGGGACGAAAAGUGCCAAGAAGCAUUCACCAAGUUGCAAGCCUCGUUAAGCGAAUUUUUACUACUACACCAUUAUGUAAUCGGACAUGACACCGAACUAGUUGUAGACGCCAGUAUCACGGGUCUGGGGGCAGUUCCUGUCCAGCGAGCAUCGACGACUGGGGCCUUCCACCCGGUCACGUACAAGUCGCGCUCACUGAAAGAGGUUGAAACCAGAUACUCCGCGACCGAGCGAGAGGCACUAGCCUUGCGCUGGGCAUGCAGGAAGCUACGAAAGUAUUUGCUCGGUGCACCAAAAUUGCGCGUCGUUACCGACCACAGUCCACUAACCUAUAUGUUCCACAAGGUAUGCGGGAGCUACUUCCAAGAGUCGAGAACUUUGUUAUGGACGUGCAAGAGUUUGAGUACGAGAUCGUCUACCGUCCGGGAAAGACAUGCAUCGCUGAUUACAUGUCACGACAUCGUGUUGAUCGAGCAGGAUCAAGUCGAGUGUUUGAGAUCAAAGCAGCAGCGGAGAGCGUUGUUGAGAGCGGGUACUGCCACGCCCUUAAUAAACAAGGAACAGUGA